UUCGUCAACCAAAUUAGUAUUUUUUUUUAUAAGAGUCUUAUCUUCAGUUGUGCUCCAACAAUUUAAAUUUAUAUAACUAUCUAUCUAUAUAUAUAUUAUAUAGUAGUCAAGAAUGUUAGUUGAUCUGGUCUUCGAUCCCAAACUCAAUAUUACUUGCAAAUAGAAGUACUGUGAAAUUGCUCGACAACUUUCAGCGCUAUAUCUCCAUAGAGGCGGCAUCGUGACAACAUUAUUUUUGCUACUUGUACGGAAUCGAAAGCACAAUCUUAGUGGCCAAUCGGCGUCAAACAGCUGUCUAUGGUCCAGAACACAUCCCUAGCUGACACCUAGCAACUAUUCUUCUCCUCUGGAGGAGAUUCUCUAACAAUUGGGUGAUUUGGAUGUGGCUUGAGAGUCCAUUGUAGAAUUACUUCCUAACUAGGUCCUUGGGUAGUGAUGAUCUUGGAUGAUACACUUCUUCUGUGAUUGUGAUGAUGAUGAGAAACUGAACUUAAGCUCCCGAUGAGCCUUAAACAACCUCUCAAUUUAUGUCGCAUAUCGACGAGUGAAAAAACAAUGGAAGGAAGGGAUCCUACGACAACAUUCCAUAUACAACAUCAUAAUGGUGAAGAGACAGAUGUAAUGGUACAAAUUAAUAAUGAUGAAGCUAUUCAUGGACAUGAGAGUAUUAUUCACAUUGAUAAUAAUAACUCAGCUCAAACCCGGAACCUUUCUGCUAAUCUGAUUGAAAAUGAUGAAGGAGGAGCACGGAAGAAAUACUUAACACUUGGUGUGAAACUCUAUAAAGCUACAUUAAGAGGUGACUGGGAGACUGCUGAGGACAUCAUACAUGAAGAUCCAAGUCUUUUAAGAACUAGUAUUACAAGAAGAGGCCAAACUAUACUCCAUCUCGCUGCAGGAACAAAGCACACCCACUUCAUGGAAAAGUUGCUAGAUAAACUGGAAAAAGAAGAUUUAGAACUCCCUGAUGAUAAUGACAACACGGCCUUCUGCUAUGCUGUCUGGGGUGAAAAAGCUAUUGCCAAUAUUAUGUUAAACAAAAACCCAAAUUUGGCAACCAUUCCAGGUGGUAAAGAUAUGACACCACUCUACAUGGCUGUCCUAUUUGGACGUUCCGAAAUGGCCAGGUUUUUGUUCGAUAAAACGCAACGUUGUUUAAGGAGAAUGGACAAAAUUUCCAUUUUCUUCGCUUGCAUCAACACGGGUCUAUAUGGGAUAGCCCUCGAAAUAUUAAAACUUGAUGAGACACUGGCAACAGAGCGUGAUACAAAUAAGAAUACAGUUUUGCAUCUUUUGGCUCAAACACCUUCUGCAUUUGAUAACAAAAGCCCAGUAGGGUGGAGUAAACUCUUCAAAUCUGCAUGUUUCAAGUGUGGAUUUAAAAGAAACAUGAAGCAAUCUACAACCCUUGAGCUAGUCACACGUCUCUGGAAACAUAUAUUGUUUCUUGGGGAUAAGACUGCAAUGAGCCUAAUCAAAUCUCCAUCAAAUCUGUUGUUUGAUGCAACCAAAUUAGGAAAUUUUGAGUUUGUAGCUGCUCUGUUGAAAUCUUACCCUGACUUGAUCUAUGAAACUGAUGGCAAUAAUCGAACUAUUAUUCAUUAUGCUGUAAUGUAUCGUCAUGCCAAUAUCUACAACCUAGUAGGAGAGUUUGGCUCAAUUAAAGAUCUUCUUGCUACUUUUGAAGAUACAGGAGGAAAUAAUGUGUUGCAUUUAGCUGCCCUAUUACCACCUCCAGACCGACUCAAUAUUGUCUCAGGGGCAGCUCUGCAAAUGCAACAAGAGUUAUUAUGGUUUGAGGUGGUCAAAAAGAAUGUGCAACCUCUUUUUCUAAAGGCAACGAACAAAAACAGAGUUAAUCCUCAAGAAUUGUUUACUAUUCAGCACAAGAGGUUAUUGAGAUGUGGGGAGUCAUGGAUGAAAAGCACAGCCAAUUCAUGUAUGAUUGUAGCAACCUUAAUCGCCACAGUUGUCUUUGCAGCUGCCUUUACCUUACCAGGAGGUAACAAUGACAAGGAUGGGACCCCCAAUGAAAUUCAAGCUAACAAAUUUCUAAUCUUUGUCCUAUCAGAUGCCUUUGCACUAUUAAACUCAGUUAUUGCAAUUUCAAUGUUCUUGUCGAUCCUUGUCUCACGCUACACAGAACAUGACUUUCUCAAACGGUUGCCUUUGAAGUUGAUGACUGGACUAACUUCACUCUUUCUAUCAUUGAUAACGAUGAUAUUAGCUUUUAGUUUCUCAAUCAUGAUAGCUUAUGAACACCAUGGAUUAAAAUGGGUCCCCAUUUUAAUUUCUAUGCUUGCGAUCAUUCCAAUUGCUUUGUUCGCUCUUCUAAAAUUUCCUCUUCUGCUUGAUACAUUUAGAUCAACGUAUUAUUCAAGCACGGUAUUUCAACCAACUCAACUAGUGUUGUAUUAGAAUAGUGUAUUAACCUUUUGUACUAGAUUACGAUUUGCAAUCUGAUAUGUAAUUCAGUUGUACAUAACAUAAAGCCACUUUUCUUAAGAGUUGUACAUAAGAAUCUAUGAUGUCUUCCUCUCAAGAACUUCUUAUAAAUGUUAAGAAUCAUUACUUACA